GGGGCUGUUAGUUCCCUGUGGCUGUCAUCAAAAUGGUGAUCAAAGUGUUCGUAGCAACGUCCUCAGGGUCUACAGCGAUUAAGAAGAAACAGCAAGAGGUAGUGGGCUUUUUAGCAGCCAACAAGAUUGACUUUAAGGAAUUAGACAUAGCCUGUGAUGAAGACAACAGGAAAUGGAUGAGAGAGAAUGUUCCAGGUGAAAAGAAGCCACAAAAUGGAAUACCUCUCCCUCCACAAAUCUUCAAUGAAGAACAGUAUUGUGGGGACUUUGACUCCUUUUUCUCUGCAAAAGAAGAAAACAUUAUUUAUUCAUUCCUAGGCCUUGCUCCUCCACCAGGAUCAAAGGAAGGGUGGAUUACUGAGGAGACUGUGCCAAAUGGUGAAGUUUCAGAAGAACACAAAACUACAGAAGACACUGAAAUAUCUGACAUUAUUGAGGAGAAUGAGGAGCAGACAGAAGACAAUGUAGAAGCAGUUGCUGAUUCUACUGAAGAGCCAACAGUAGAACAACAGGAGGAAGAAGAGGAGGAAGAAGAGGAGGAGGAGGAAGAAUCUUAG